AUGUAUUCGUCACUCAUCGCAGUCGUUGCCCUCGUCUCGCCGGCCAUGGCCCUGUGGCCGCAGCCGCUGUCUGUUGAGACCGGUCAAGGCACCCUUGGGUCAAGCCAGAUAUCCAAGUUUCGUACAAUUUGGGCACUUACGACGACAACUGCCAAUCGAUCGUCAAAGGCGGUGUUGCCCGCGACUUGGAUGCCAUCUUCAAGGAGCCCAUGUUCCCCUGGAUGCUCUUUGACGUGGCCAGGUACAAAAGCUAAGAUUACCUCCAAGUCCUCCUUCGGUACUCUGCAUGCCGUCAAGACCUUUGCUCAGCUUUUCUACGCGCAUUCCUCCGACGCUUCGGGUGUUUACAACAAGCUGGCCCCCGUCAAGAUUGCCGACAAGCCCAAGUUCAGCCACCGCGGCGUCAACCUCGAUGUGGCCCGCAACUUCUUCCCUAUCAAGGAUCUGGAGUGCACCAUUGAUGCGCUGUCCAUGAACAAGUUCAACGUCCUCCAUCUGCACAUGACUGACUCUCAGUCCUGGCCUAUUGAGAUUCCCGCCCUGCCACAGCUUGCGCAAAACGGCGCUUACGCCCCUAACCAUAUCUACUUCAGCAACGACAUUCAGCACAUUCAGCAGUACGGCCUCUCCCGCGGUGUUGCCGUGUACAUAGGGUCUGCACUAGCAAAUCUUGCCUGGGCGAUGUUGGCUGGAGGCAAGCAGAUCAGUCUACAAUAUGCAAUGCCAAACCACAACCAAAAAAUUAAAUGA